GCCCGGACAUGGCGGGCGGCAAGCUGCGCCUCGCUGGCCUCAAGGACCUGCGCCAGCCCGGCUUCGUGCUCAAGUUCGUCGAGGUCGCGCUGCUGCUGACCACGGUGCUGGUGGGGCGCCUGGGUCUCGCCGGCCGCCCGGUCAGGUUCCACCGGCUCAGCGUGGACGCGGACACGCUGGGCCACGGCGUGUGCCUGGCCUACCUCGUCAUCAGCCCCGUGCUGCUGCUGGGCUACGUGCUGGGCGAGGUCGGCCACCAGCGGCGGCGCAUGGAGUUUGUGUUCAACUGCGCGGGCGCGCUGCUGCUCAUGCUGAGCGGCUCCAUCGCCGUGGACUUCUGGCGCGGCGUGGGGCUGGUGCCCAUCACGGCCGAGCCACGGCACUUCAACCACCUGCGCUCCGAGCUGAGCGACGUGGUGGGUGCGGAGAAGAGCGCCGGGCUGUCCCUCGGCUGCCUCACCCUGCUGUCCGCCUUCGUCUACCUCAUCGACGCCUUCUUCGGCUACCGCAUGGGCUUCUCUGGGCCCUCAACAGUACUGGACUGAACCUACAUGAUGCAACUACAAAAAUAAAUUAAACCGCUUUUGGAAGUAGUUUUGUAUGACAUUUCUUAAUUAUGUAUCCAAUUAACAGAUACCAGAAUUUUGUAUGGAUUAGCUAACAAUAACAAACUUAAUGUUUUAGGCAAACGAGAUGGCAUUUAAUUUAACAGUGCAAUUUUAUUUUAAAAACACAGAUAUGUGUUGAUUAUAUUUCGGAUAAUAUCUUUCAAUGCCCUUCACUGUAACAAACAUUUGCAUAAAUAUUAUGAAUAACAUAACCUUUUCAAUUAUAUGUGGUGACUUGAUUAUGUUUACAUAAGCAUGAAAAAUGAGUGAAUGAGUAAGAGUGAGUGAGGCAUACUAAUGCCAAAUGUUUGGUUUGCCUUGAUUAAUUUUACAGUAUGUUCCCAGAAACCCAUGAUAUUGUCACCAGCAUCUGUUUAUUGACAUGAAUCAGUUGUGGGAUUGGGGGAGGGAGACUUCCAAACACAUCUCAUGGGAUAAAAUAGUGCUUACUAAGAAAAACUGGAGAGGAAAAAUCCCAAUAUCUACCCCCUCCAUUUUUCCCAUCCUUUUCCCAUGUUUCAUGAACUUCCAGAUACACCUCUUAGGAGGAUGAGGAUAUAUGAUAAAAUUUGCCACCAUCACCUACCAAAACAAUUAAUUUUCAAGGCCAUAAUUUAUUUACUUGACAUUCAGAAAAAUUGUUAAAAUAAUUAGGGGGAAACAACCUUACAAUUUUUUGAAUGAUGUUUUCAAUGAAAUUAUUUUAAAAUGACAAGGUUUUUCGUGAUAGCAGAAUUUUUUUCAACCAACCAUGAUCCAGAUGCUUGGUAUUUCAUCGAAAAACUUUCUUUAUUAUUUGCAAUUUUCUGCUCCAUCUUUAAAGUCUGUCAAAUUCAGGCAAAGCCUGUAUAAAACUUAAUACUAGGGAUGGGACGAAUCCACAUUUUGGUCGAAUCCGAAUCCUUGUUCAAAUCCUCAGUGUUUGUCAUCGAAUCUCGAAUCCCAGUCCCACACUAAACUUCACAUGUUAUUAAAAAAAUCACACAUUUAUUUUAAAAAAAUACAUAGGCCUAUGUAUUAAAAAAAAGCACAUGUGUAUUUAUAAAAAUUAUAAAAUAAGUGCAUAGUGUAUACGCCUGAUAUAAAAUAGAGACAAAUAACCUCAAAAACCACACAUGUAAGUUUUCAUCUGUCUAAUUCUCUGUUAAAUUAAUCCUUCCUAUGUUUUCAAUAAAAUAUGUUUGUAUAACAGACACUAUUUAAAAAAAGUUACGUUUUUUUUCUGCAAUGUUAUAUCAUUGAAGGUUGGAAAUGAUCGAGUAGUUAUGCUAAUUGACAAAAUACAGCGUAGUUUAUCUAUGUUUGUGCUAUUUCCGUUACCUUUACAAUAGAGUUUAGAUAUACAAUUUUCUAGAGCUGGAUGAACCUCAGUUCUCUGGUUUCGAACCGAACCAUAGCAAAAAAAUUUCGAACCGUGCCGAACCGAACCUCAUACAGAAAUAAUUGUUUUGAAUUAAAAUGAAUCGACCACCAGC